UUUAAACAGCACGCGCCAUUUCUCGCAAUAAACAAAUUGAGUUUUUUAUUCAAUCAUUGGAAUUUUAAACAAUACUAUCGUGUACAUUGUAGUGUAACAAAGCUAAUCAGACUAUGGUAAGUGAGGCGGAAUCCACCGAUACCGAUCAGGGUCCGCUAGCAGCCAGCCAACCGUCGGAACCCGAGUUCCGAGGAUUCGAUUUGCAGGAAACCGACGGUGUGCAACUACAAACCGAAGACAAACUACCGGAAACACCCACUGUUACGGCCGCCUCAAUUUUCAACUGCGAAGAAUGCGGUUUAACCUUUCGAAAGCGGGAUCACUUCGAUCGCCAUCGGUUUGGACAUACCGGAGUGAGAGAAUACCGCUGUUCGGUACAGGGAUGCUUAAAAGAAUACACAAACCGGACUCACUUAAACCGUCACAUUCGGGCGAACCACACGGAAAAACUGCCGCAACCGGGAGAUCCCAUUCGCUGUAAACAUCCCGGCUGCACGAAGAAUUUUUCAACCGAACAAAGUAUGCGUCGUCACUACGAAUUGAAACACAUUUUGGGCAAGUCCUGGUCCUGUCCGGAUUGCGGUGAACGUUUCUGGCGAAAGUUGCAACUGAAGCAGCACUCGUUCAAACACACCGGACAGUAUCCGCACAGGUGCAGCAUCUGCCAGAAGGGUUUCAUGAAUCUGAAAUCGUUUCGAAAUCAUCGCUCGAAUCAUGCUCUGCACAAGUGUGAUUCCUGUACGGCUGAGUUUACCCGCUGGACGGAUUUGGUAGCUCAUCGGAAGUUGCAACAUGCGACCCUGUAUCAGUGCGAUAUAUGUCAGGGAAAGUUUCCUUCUAAGAAGAAUCUGAAAGCGCACAUCAAGAUACACUUGGAAAGCCAGGAAGUGUUCCAAUGUCCGCACGAAGGAUGUCCCAAGUUUUACGACUAUGAACGUAAUUUAGUAGCGCACAUUCGAUCGAAACAUGAAGGGUCUAGAAAAUUUGUUUGUCCCGUGCCGGACUGUGGUCGAUCAUUGUCAACGAGACAGAAGCUUGAUCAGCACCGUCGAAUGCACGAAUCUGCUGCGAGAAGUGUCCCCCGUAUGAAGAUCCCGAGUGGGAAGCCCGCCGGAAAACAACGGAAAGACAGCGGUUUACCAAAGCGUUCCAGUGCUGCUCGGUUGGCGAACGUUGAACUGGAUCCACGGGCGGAAAAAAUUCUGAUCGAACAGAGUCCGGACCGGAGGCCACCGGUUCAGUUCGAGUGUUCUAUUGCGCUGGAUUCGGCGUCCGAGUCGGAGCAGGAAAUGAGCGGAAAGGUUGGUGAGAUCAUUCAGGGUCAGCUGGCGAAGAUUCAGGAGCAGAUUCGGUUGCUGCAGGAGCAAACUCAGUGAAGAGUGGUGAUCAAUUGGGGGGGAUGGGAAUAGUAUUAUUUUACAGCAAUGAAUUAAGGUUCCAUUAUGAAAGUUAUGAAUUUUGUAUACACCAAAGAAUUGUUUGAAAUAAAAUGUAUUUAUUGAA